AUGACAGUGAGCAAUGAAACAGUGGUGACUGAGUUUAUCCUGCAGGAUUUCUCUGAGGCACAUCCACUUCAGCUUGCCCUCUUCUGCAUCUUCUUCUUCCUUUAUAUCAUGGCCCUAACAGGCAAUGCUCUCAUUGUGGUGGCCAUAAGCCUAGAUUCAGGUCUCCAUACUCCCAUGUAUUUUUUCCUUGCCAACCUGGCCAUCUUAGAUAUUGGCUGCACAACCACAGUUCUGCCUAAAUUGCUAGAGAACUUUGCAGACAAGAAAUCCAUCCCCUAUGUUGGGUGCAUGACUCAGUUGUAUUUCCUUACAUGGUUUUUGGGUGCUGAACUGCUGCUCUUCACAGCCAUGGCUUAUGACAGAUAUGUGGCCAUCUGCCACCCCCUCCAUUACACUACCAUGAUGAGCAGAAUGGUUUGCAUCCUCUUAGCUGGUAGUGUGUGGGCCAUUAGUGCCAUCAGCUCAUCAGUACACACUGGCCUUAUGAUACAGUUAACCUUCUGUGGCCCAAAUAAAAUUAAGCACUUUUUAUGUGAAAUCCCCACUUUGCUAUUGCUCUCCUGCACCUCCACACACCUGAAUAAUAUCAUGAUCGUCAUUGCAGACAUAUACUUUGGGGUGAUUAAUUUUGUGCUCACUAUGGUGUCCUAUGGCUUCAUCAUUUCCAGCAUUCUGAAGAUCCGUACCACAGAGGGCAAGAAGAAAGCCUUCUCUACCUGUUCCUCCCACCUCAUCGUGGUCACCAUAUAUUACACCACAGUUAUAUACACAUACAUUCUCCCAGGCUCUGGAUCUUCCAUGGAUAAUGGCAAAGUAGUGGCUGUCCUAUACACCACUAUCAGCCCCACUUUAAACCCUCUCAUUUACACUCUCCGUAACAAGGAUUUCAAAACAGCCCUCAAGAAAAUGUUUCCAUUAAUUAAAUAA